AAUUCAGGCACAGAAGCAGCCACACCCACACACACACAAAGCUCUCAAGUUCAAAGUUAUCUCCGCACUCUCUUCUUCUUCCUUCUUCUUCCUCCACUUAUCUUCUUCUUCUUCCUCAUCUCUCUUUUUCUUUCACACCAUCUCUCUAAUUUGCUCAUCAAUAAUUCUCAAUUCAGCUUGAUGAUUACGGAUUCCAUACGUUGAUAACCCCAAUUUCUUACGGAUUCUGGUUCGAAAAUUCGUCGGAAAAUUGGAAUGAGAUAAGAAAAGUCUCUGAAUUUGCUCUAUUGCUUUGUUUUGUUCGUUUUCUGGGUUUUAUUAGAGAUGCCGUCGAUGCUUGUUCUCGUCGGCACAAUGCCAUCGCUAGCUUCUCUUGUUAGUCUAGGUGGUGCUUGUGCAAGUGUUUCAGGAACGAGUUCUUCGGAUGCGUCGUAUGCAUUAGUUAAAAGGGUUUCUUUGUCAAGGAGAAGCGUUAAAGGUACUAAGAAAUGGCUCUGUAAAUAUUCCGUUUCGUCUUCAACUACUACUACUACUUCUACUAGUACUACUGCUGACUUCAUUGCUGAGCAAAACAACAGCUCAGUUUCUAUAGAUUCUAACUCGUUUAGAGGGAGUAUAGAUGGAGGAGGGGAUGAUAGUGAGGUUGUGCUGAAGCAGAAUCCUAAACCUGUGUUGAAACCCCCUGUGCCAAGGGUUGAAAGAGGUUUGGGGGUUAAUACUGCUCCUUGGAGUAAGGAUUUAUCCAAUGGGGGUAAGUUUGAUGGGCAGGAAGAGAGGAAUAAGGUUAUUGAAUCUCUUGGUGAUGUGUUAGAUCAAGCUGAGAAAUUGGAAAUUCCUAAACCGGGUAGUAAAGAAGGUGGUGAGGCUGUUAAACCGUCACAGCCUAGUGCCAACAGUAGUAACUCGAGAAAUGGUAGCUAUGCGAGCGCUGCAGCUACAAAGAAGACGAAAACUAUGAAGAGUGUGUGGCGUAAGGGCGAUGCUGUUGCUGCUGUGCAAAAAGUUGUUAAGCAAUCACCUAAAAUUGAACCUAGAACGAAAGAAGAGGAGGAAGAGGUUAAUGCCAAAGCAGGCACUCAAUUGGCACCACCUCAGCCUCCUUUUAGACCUCAACCUCCUCUAAGACCCCAGCCAAUGUUACAAGGGAAACCUAUGGUAGCUCCGUCACCCGUUAAGCCACCUGUAAAGAAAACACCCAUCUUAAAAGAUCUUGGUAUGGCAGCAAAGCCUUUGGUUUCUCAAGAAGUUGAUUCUAGCGUUAAAAGUAAAGAAAGGAAGCCUAUUUUGGUUGACAAAUUUGCUUCCAAGAAAAAAGGUGUUGAUCCUGUGGCCUCUCAGGCUGUGUUAGCUCCUACUAAGCCUGGAAAGGGUCCUCCCUCUAACAAGUUCAGAGUUGAGCACCGUAAUAAGAAAAAUGCACCAGCUAGUCCAAGACGAAGAGUUGUUGCUGAAGAUGACGGCGACGAAGAUACAUCCAUUUCUCGAUCAGGUAGAAAAGGGAGAAAAUGGAGUAAAGCUAGUAGGAAGGCUGUGAGACUCCAGGCUGCAAAAGACGCAGCACCUGUCAAAGCUGAAAUCUUAGAGGUAGAGGAAGAAGGCAUGUCCAUCGAGGAUUUGGCUUACAACCUAGCCAUCGGCGAAGGUGACAUUCUUGGGUAUCUAUAUUCAAAAGGGAUUAGACCUGAUGGUGUGCAGACCUUGGACCGAGAGAUGGUGAAGAUGAUUUGUAGAGAUUACGAUGUUGAGGUCCUUGAUGCUGAUUCAGUUAAAGUAGAAGAGAUGGCAAAGAAAAGACAAACUUUUGAUGAAGAAGAUUUGGACAAGUUAGAGGACAGGCCUCCUGUCAUAACGAUAAUGGGUCAUGUGGACCAUGGAAAGACUACUCUUCUGGAUUAUAUCAGAAAAAGCAAGGUUGCUGCUUCAGAAGCAGGGGGAAUUACACAAGGAAUUGGUGCCUAUAAGGUGUCGGUCCCUGUUGAUGGAAAGUUGCAGUCCUGCGUUUUCCUUGAUACCCCUGGACAUGAGGCAUUUGGUGCUAUGCGAGCUCGAGGAGCACGGGUCACUGACAUUGCAAUCAUUGUGGUUGCUGCUGAUGAUGGAAUUCGUCCUCAAACAAGUGAAGCAAUAGCUCAUGCAAAGGCUGCUGCUGUACCAAUAGUCAUAGCUAUAAAUAAGAUAGAUAAGGAAGGAGCAAGUCCAGAGAGAGUGAUGCAAGAGCUUUCUUCAAUUGGUUUGAUGCCUGAAGACUGGGGUGGUGAUGUUCCAAUGGUUCAGAUCAGUGCGUUGAAAGGGGAGAAUAUAGAUGAUCUGUUGGAAACUGUCAUGCUUGUUGCAGAGGUUAGUUUUGGCUACGAAAUUACUUACAUACUUGCUCCAAAGUGGACCCAAAAUUUUGUACGAGCUUUAUUUGAUCACAGCGGGGAACGAGUUGAUGAAGCUGGGCCGUCCAUACCUGCACAGGUGAUUGGCUUAAAUAAUGUCCCCAUUGCUGGUGACGAAUUUGAGAUUGUCUCUUCCCUUGAUGUGGCGCGUGAGAUGGCAGAGGCACGUGCAAUAUCACUACGAGAUGAAAGAAUAUCUGCAAAGGCUGGGGAUGGAAAGGUCACGCUUUCCUCCUUAGCUUCUGCUGUAUCAGCGAAAAAGAUGUCAGGCUUAGAUUUGCAUCAGCUUAAUAUCAUCUUGAAGGUCGAUGUACAGGGAUCCAUUGAAGCCGUCAGACAAGCCCUGCAAGUCCUCCCUCAGGAGAAUGUCACCUUAAAAUUCUUGCUACAAGCGACAGGGGACGUCAGCAACAGUGAUGUUGAUCUAGCAUCAGCGAGUGAAGCCAUCAUUUUUGGAUUUAAUGUCAAAGCGUCUGGUUCUGUUAAAAAAGCUGCAGAAAACAAAGGUGUUGAAAUCCGACUAUACAGAGUUAUCUAUGAGCUUAUUGAUGAUGUGCGAAACGCAAUGGAAGGACUUCUUGAGUCUGUUGAGGAACAAAUCCCGAUUGGCUCAGCAGAAGUUCGGGCUACUUUCAGCAGUGGUAGUGGUCGUGUGGCUGGGUGUAUGGUGAAUGAAGGGAAAUUUGUCAAAGAUUGUGGCAUCAGGGUACUCCGGAAGGGUAAAACUGUCCAUGUCGGUGUCCUUGAUUCUCUUAAACGAGUUAAAGAAAACGUGAAAGAGGUGGGUGCUGGAUUAGAAUGUGGUAUUGGUAUGGAUGACUACGAUGAUUGGAUUGAAGGAGACAUCAUCGAGGCCUUUAACGCAGUUCAAAAGAGGCGAACGCUAGAAGAAGCAUCGGCUUCAAUGUCUGCCGCGAUUGAAGAGGCUGGAGUCUAAUUGUGAUCCUGGUUUUGCUUCUAAAUACUAAAGUCAUCAAAGAAACUCAAGCAAACAACAAAAUCAGACCCUCAGGGUAAAUUAAAGAUUUGGGUCACAACAGUUUGGUUGGUACAUUGUUUGUAUGGUCUCAUAUUGUACAUGGCAAAUGUUUCUACAUGUGGUUGCUUGAUGUAGGAAAAAAGGAAAAGACCCAAAUGAAACAAUAUUUAUCUUGAAAAAGUCACAAAAUUAUAUCCUUUA